UCCCGGACAGAGCCCGUCCAUCGAGAGAGAGAAACAAGUGGCUUAUUGCAACGCAAGGAUUACAAGAACAACAGGAGGUUUAGCGGCUACCACAGGCUCACUGUCGCCGUCCUCAGUUUCAUCGCCAGCACUGGCUGGUUUCGUGCUUUCGUUGCUUUGGAUAGGACGUGCCAUAUCUCUGUUGGCCUGCUGCGGCUGUCUUGAAGUUAUUGGAGGUUUCAUGUCCGACAGUGGUGGAACAGGAGAUGAUUUUGUUGUGGCAGGUGUGGGAUUGAGAGUCGGCUUCGGCACUGGCUUCGGCACUGGCUUCGGCACUGGCUUCGGCACUGGGUUCGGCACUGGCUUCGGCACUGGCUUCGGCACUGGGUUCGGCACUGGCUUCGGCACUGGCUUCGGCACUGGCUUCGGCACUGGCUUCGGUACUGGCUUCGGCACUGGCUUCGGCACUGGCUUAGGCACUGGCUUAGGCACUGGCUUAGGCACUGGCUUAGGCACUGGCUUAGGCACUGGCUUAGGCACUGGCUUUGGCACUGGCUUAGGCACUAUCCUAGUGGGGUCGGGAGCCGGCUUUGAAGACGACUUGGGAGUAGGAUUUGCCGGUUGUUUUCUUGAGUCUUUUGUUGAAGACCUAGGUGGCGUCAACUUGGUGCUAUUUGUUUUCAUUUGCGUUGUAUAUUUACCUUGAACGUAUUCGGUUACCGCAGUCUGCCUUAUGUUGAUAAUGAGUCCCAUCGGUAAGUCGCAAACCUCCACGUUUACUUGCUCAACUCCAUAACAAUUGUAAUUACGUUCAAUUAAAUUUAAACCCAUCAAUCAAUAGACUUCAUAUAUUUUCAAACCAUGUUCUACAGUAAUAAUUAAAACCAACAAAUACAAGUCCUUACAAACGUCAGUAAACGAAGUGAAGUGAACGUCUGUAAGCUUGUACGCGUAAAGUUUGGGAGUCAGCAUCAUACGGUUUUAAUAACUGUAUGUUGAAUACACCAAAAAGGCCAGAAA